CGUCCCCUCCGAGGGCCAGAGCAGGCGCUGCAGCCCGGCCCCUGGUCGCUCCUGGGAGCAGGGCCCGCUGGGAACUUCCCCAGGUGGCGUCGCCGAAGCCGAGCCUCAAGGACGGGGGGUGGGCGGCACCCCCGGAAGGGGAGCAGACGGCCAAGGCCGGGGGUCUGGGAAGCUCCGGCUGCAGGAACAGUGAGGGUCUCCGGGGGCUGUGGAAAGGUCCCCGCUUCCUGCUGGGGCCUCAGGCCCCAGGGAGGCGGUGAUCUGUGGGCGGUGGCACCGGGCAAGACCUUGGACGAGGCUGGAGCCCCGGGCCUGACCCACACAGGCCUGACCGGCCUCCCGGACUGUGGGGGAGACAUUCCAGGAAUCCGAGGGGAGCCGCGCAGCAGAGGCGCGCAGGAGGGCCGGGGUUGGGCUUGGACUCCAGGGCGAGCAUCCCGAGGAACAGGCCGAGCAGCGCCUGGCUGACCUGGGAGAUGGGGCCGCGGGAGGCCCCCACGCAGGCCUCUGCUCGUUGGUGAUGUUGGGGGUUGGGGAUGGGGUACCCGCGGACCUUGGCCCACGUAAGAUUGGAGCUGGCCAGGUUGGUAAAGACCACUAGGUUCAUUCAGGGAUGUGGCUGAAGUUGGUCCAGGGUUAUUCAGCUCCCGAAGCGGCCAGGCUGGGACCUACAAGGAGGCGGUCCGCGGGGCGCGCGCGCAGGCUCCCAGGACGGGCCGUAUCGCACGGGGCUGCGACUGGAACGGCUGCGGACGCGGGCUUCGGGGGAGCGGCAGGGCGGGGAACUGACCCCUCACCCUCCGCUACCCGCAAGCGCAUCUUCCCUAACCCCCCCGCUGUUGGGGGCGCCUGUGAUUGGCUGCAGGCCGAUGGUCGGCGCGUGGAUUGGCGGCUCGGGGCCUGGGGGCCGGACCCGAGGGGCAGAGUCCGCCCCCGAACCUACAAAUGGGAAGCCCCCCGUAGGCGUCCGCAGAUUCAAGGCUGUGCUGCAGACCUCCGGGUCAGCGGGCGCGGACCGGGGGCGGUGAGCCGAGCGCGCGGGCGCAGAGGCACCGAGGCCUGUGCAGGGCGCUGAGCCGCUCGGCCGAGGCACUGCCGCGCCAGCCCGGACGCCCCGGGGCCGUCGGGCGCGCGUCUCGAUUCCAGCUAUGGGGUCGGCGGCACUGGAGAUCCUCGGCUUGGUCCUGUGCCUGGUGGGCUGGGUGGGCCUGAUCCUGGCGUGCGGGCUGCCCAUGUGGCAGGUUACCGCCUUCCUGGACCACAACAUCGUGACGGCGCAGACCACUUGGAAGGGGCUGUGGAUGUCGUGCGUGGUGCAGAGCACGGGGCACAUGCAGUGCAAGGUGUACGACUCGGUGCUGGCGCUGAGCACCGAGGUGCAGGCGGCGCGGGCGCUCACCGUGGGCGCAGUGCUGCUGGCGCUCGUCGCGCUCUUCGUGACCCUGGCGGGCGCGCAGUGCACCACCUGCGUGGCCCCCGGCCCGGGCAAGGCGCGCGUGGCCCUCACCGGGGGCGCGCUCUACGCGCUCUGCGGGCUGCUGGCGCUCGUGCCGCUCUGCUGGUUCGCCAACAUCGUGGUCCGCGAUUUCUACGACCGCACCGUGCCCAUGUCGCAGAAGUACGAGCUGGGCGCGGCGCUGUACAUCGGCUGGGCGGCCUCGGCGCUGCUCAUGUGCGGCGGCGGCCUCGUGUGCUGUGGCGCCUGGGUGUGCGUCGGCCGCCCGGACUUCAGCUUCCCGGUCAAGUACUCAGCACCGCGGCGGUCCACGGCUGGGGGCGACUACGACAAGAAGAACUACGUCUGAGGACGCGGGGCACGGCGGGGCCCCUUGCAGCAGCCAUGCCAGUGAGCCGGAGGGCGGGCCAGGGGAGCCCCGCGUGGAAGGCCGCCCCCGCUGGGGUACGCGGCGCACAGGCUACGCGGAACGCCGGAUUCUGCACCCGGACGCGACCCAGCGACCGGCCCCUGCCCGCGCUCCGCUCUCAGCUGGCGAUGUGCACUUGGACCUGCGGGGUUGUCUUCGCCCCGGACUGGCUCCGACACGGGUGGGGCGCAGGUUCUUCGACUGUGUGGACACUGGACUGGAGGUGCCGCUCCCCUCCCAGACCCUCAGGUUUUGGGUGCCGCCGUACUCCCAGCGGCCCCUGCUGAUUCCAGCGGGGCAGACGGAGAGCCUCAGCUCCCAGCCUGGGCUGCUGGAGGGGGUGUGUACAGCUGGUCUUUACCCCAUCAGUGGGGCCUGAGCCCAGUGGUACCGAGAGACUUGGUCUGGACCUCCCUGCCUCACCCCAGCAGCUCCCCAGGCGAGGCUUAUGGGCACCAGAUCUAGUGUGGGGCUAGGGCCCGCCCUCCUUCACCGCUUGGGGGGAGGGUAAAAUUUUGCUUAGUAAAUGGUUUAAAUACCCUCC